AUGCAGUACAGUACCAGCAGUUCACCAGCAGUCACUUGGGAACCUGCCAUGUGGGUCACAGAGGACAAGUCAAAAUGGACGACUCUUAAAACCAUGGACACUGAAGAGACUCAACUGAAAGACACACUUGCAGUGUCAGUGGACCACUUCUCCAUCUUUGCCGUCGUCAGUCAACUGAAGCAGGACAGGUUCUUUGUGCCUACGAGAGGAUGUACACUAACAUCAUCGACUCAUCCUACCGUACAGAUUAUCUUCCCUAAACAGUCAGUGACAUCGCAGAUGGAAGUCGUAGUACAGGUGCAAGAUAUCUCACGAAGUCAAGUUGAGGACAUCAAGAAAAGACACGAGUCUUCCUGCGGUCUUAUCAGCACCAGUCCAUUUGUUAAGGUAGAGACUGUGGGUGAUUCCAUCGUCAAGUUCAACAAAGCAGUCACAGUACGAGUCCCACAUCCCCAACACUAUAUGGACAUCCAAGACGAAGCUCCUGCCAAAGUAAAAGUGUUGUCAUGUGAGAAGGGGGCGGACGACUGGAUAGAUAUGGCAGACGGCACUAACAUCCGGGUCACACAGACGACAGUGGAGUUUGAAGUCACUCAUUUUACCAGGUAA